AUCUUACGACGAGAACUAGCGACGUCAAUUGGUGGUGGGGAAAUUGCAUCGAAAUUCGAUCCCUUUAAAUUUCCAGUAACUAUUAUUUUUCCUUGUACGCUCUUAUAACUAUGAGUUGUGGAUUUGUUACCUGUGGCCCAAACGAGGCACUCGUGGUGUCAGGAUGCUGCUACAGCAAACCCCUUUUGGUACCCGGUGGCCGAGUUUUUGUAUGGCCAAUCGUUCAGCAAGUGCAAAAAAUUUCAUUAAACACCAUGACUUUACAAGUGGAAAGUCCUACUGUGUAUACAUGUCAAGGUGUACCAAUAUCUGUAACAGGAAUUGCACAGGUCAAAAUACAAGGACAAAAUGAAGAAAUGCUUUCUACUGCAUGUGAGCAGUUUCUUGGAAAAUCUGAAGAUGAAAUUCAUAAUAUUGCGCUUGUUACAUUAGAAGGGCAUCAAAGGGCAAUAAUGGGAAGCAUGACUGUAGAGGAAAUAUACAAGGAUCGAAAAAAAUUCAGCAAGGAAGUUUUUGAAGUAGCAAGCAGUGAUCUAGUCAAUAUGGGCAUUACUGUUGUGUCCUAUACAUUAAAAGAUAUUCGAGACGAGGAAGGGGCAAAGGGAUAUCUUAAAGCUCUUGGAAUGGCGCGAACUGCUGAAGUAAAACGUGAUGCGAGAAUUGGCGAAGCAGAAGCUCGCCGAGAUGCUCAGAUUCGCGAAGCUAUUGCAGAAGAACAAAGAAUGGCUGCGCGUUUCCUUAACGAUACUGACAUUGCAAAAGCGCAACGGGAUUUUGAAUUAAAAAAAGCAGCUUAUGAUGUUGAAGUGCAAACUAAAAAAGCAGAAGCGGAAAUGGCGUUUGAAUUACAAGCUGCAAAGACAAAACAAAGAAUUAUGGAAGAACAGAUGCAAGUAAAAGUGGUCGAACGCGGACAAGAAAUAGCUGUACAAGAACAGGAAAUGUUGAGACGCGAAAGGGAAUUAGAUGCAACAGUACGACGACCAGCUAAUGCCGAAAAAUACAGACUAGAAAAAAUGGCUGAAGCUAAUAAAAUGCGUUUAGUAAUGGAAGCCGAAGCAGAAGCUGAAGCUAUCCGAAUUCGUGGUGAAGCAGAAGCUUUUGCUAUUGAAGCAAAAGCUAAAGCAGAUGCAGAACAAAUGGCAAAGAAAGCUGCUGCAUGGAAUGAAUAUAAGAGCGCUGCUAUGAUUGAUAUGAUGCUUGAUACACUUCCAAAGGUUGCGGCGGAAGUUGCAGCACCAUUAUCACAAGCAAAGAAGAUAACGAUGGUCUCUAGCGGAAAUGGAACUGUUGGAGCAGAAAAAUUAACCGAAGAAGUCUUUAACAUCGUAACGCGCGUACCGGAACUGGUUAAGAAUUUAACAGGAGUGGACAUUGCAAAGUCUGUUCAUGCUGCUUAAACAAACGAUACAAGAAUUUUAAAUACUUCCUGACCACAUCCAUAAUUAUAUGAAAUAUUUAAUGAGUCUUUGAUACAUCAUUUAUUUUAAUAUGCUGCUCCAUAUUAGAGUCAAUUUAUUAAUUUGAAUUUCAAUAACAUUUAAUUGGAUGAAAAGUUCAGUAUUUUCACUGCCAAUUACUUGACGAUAACAAGUUGAUAUUAAUUAGUGCCAAUUUUAAAUGAAUGUUUUAAAAAGUAAAAGAUAUUUCGUAUAAAUAUUUGGAAAUAGAUUAUAAACAAUGAAUAUGUCCGCACAAUAUUCAUAUUCCAUUACUUACACGAUAUGCAAUAGAUAUAACAGUAAAUGUCUGAGUUACAGGGGCAGUGAACGUGUAUUUUAUUUAACCAAUAUUUUAUUUUUAUCUAUAAUGUAAGUUAAAGUUGCAAUAAAACUUUUAUUUUAUUAUUUUUUUAAUUAAUCUUUUAUGCACUUAGAAGAGAAAAAAAAUUGCAAAUAUAUCUUUUUGAAGUCUCGUAUUGACCAAAGAAGGUCCAGUUUUGUCCAUACGUAUAUAACUUUGCCACUAUGUGCCGAAACAUUCCUCUAAUAUGCUAUAUGUACCUUUUAAAUGUAUUAACAUAAUUUAACGGGUAUGAGCAUUUUAGAAAUGGUGAUGCUACUAUCUAAUACAUUCAAUGUGGUUUGAUGUUAAGUAAUUUCGUCUAGUCCCUGAAAUUGAAAUAUCUCCACUUAAGUGUUUAGUUAUACAAUAUUUCCUACACUUAAAAAUCUAUUAAUAUAUUUUACGUCGAUUUUAGCUAGAAUUUACUGUGAUCUAAAACUCUUUGUACGAAAAAGAAAAUUAGUCAUAGUUCUUAAAACACGUUUGGGAGCUUUGAUGACAAAAUUUGUAUGACCAAUUUAACGCCUUAAAUUAAUGCAAAAAAAAAAGAUUCGAUUUUAUGUAAAGCGAUUAAACGUUAAAAUCAAA